AGAAAAGAAUGAACGCAAUCAAUAUAGGGCUCUUCACGCCUUGUCUGCUAUUUUCCAAAGUAGCCUCGUCGCUCACGCCACAAAAGCUCAAGGAACUGUGGAUUAUCCCCAUAAUUUUCGUAAUGGUGACUGCCAUAUCUGGGAUAGUCGCGUCGAUCAUAACCACUAUGCUGCGCCUGAAGAGAUCUCAGCGGAACUUUUGUAUGGCGGCCUCGAUGUUCAGCAAUACCAACUCAUUGCCGAUUGCGCUCAUACAGAGUAUGGUGUUCAACAUCAAGGGUCUCAGCUGGGGCCCGGAUGACAACGCUGAUUCGAUGCUCGGGAGAGGAUUAGGGUAUAUGAUUCUUUACGCGAAUUUCAGUACGAUGGCCCGUUGGUCGUACGGAGUUCAUUUGUUAACCCAAGAGGAAGAUGAACUUACCCAAAAUCAAAGUACCCUCCAGCAAAACAUUGAUGCACGCCCCGAAGGAUCCUCGAUGGGGGUACCUGGUUUGCUGGAAGUCGGACUUCCUCCAAUCCAACCAGCCCAAGUCCAUAACCCAGCGGCGGUCGCCUCUCAAAACCAGGAUUCACCUAGACAGCAGCGUGAAUCAGAGGAUGGAUGGGGAAGCGAUCAUCUUCAUCUGUCAUUCCAAACUAUCACAUCGCCAUCGUCAAGUAUAUGGCAUUCUCGUGCCCGUCGAAUAAAGACGAAAUUACUAACAUUCCUGAAGAAAGUUCACGAGUUCGCAACGCCCCCCCUGUAUGCUUCACUUGCUGCAUUUCUUGUUCAUUUUCUGAUGGAAGACGUUCCACCCGUGAGGGGCUUCCUAGAAAGUGCUGGCGCAUGUUCGAUCCCUAUCACCAUGUUAGUGCUGGGGGCGUAUUUUCACGAGGACUCUGUGCUAUCCCCAGUCCCCCCUACUAGUAAUGAGCCCCGAACUCAGGAGAGCGAUACCGGAGGGGAAGAUUGCUUCCCGCCAGACCUAGAGCAACGUUCCGAAUUAUCAUUCAAGACCCGUACUAUCGAGUUUUUGGCAUCUUCCUCGAAUUCGCGCAAGAAGGGAUUAGAAUGCAAAACCAGCCCGGGGGAGACGACCACCGUAAUUGUCUCGUGCUUGGCUCGGAUGGUUGUGACACCUUUGAUCAUCCUGCCACCGAUGGCUGUGCUGGCGGCGUAUGAGGUACUUGAUUUAUUCACAGACCCCGUAUUUGUCGUAUCAAUUGUCCUGUUGAUAGCAUCCCCGCCUGCUUUGGCGCUAGCCCAGAUUAUACAAACCUUGUCUGGCCCGGGGGGCGCGUUUGAAAGACUUUUCGGUCGAACGAUCUUCUGGGCAUACUGCUUGUUUUCUCCCCCUCUCACCCUGUUCUACGUUGCCAUUUCUUUGCGCUUCUUGCAGCUGUGAGCUGUGACCAUCGUUGCCCUGUCUCCC